AUUUUUUUUAUUGUAAAAUACAAGGGAAACAGGAAAAACCCCUUGGUCUAAAACCUCAGCAGCAAUCCAACCAUAAGCCUCCAUUCAUUUUACAGUAUACACCUCUUUGAAGAAGCAUAACCUGAGGCCUGGCCAGGCCAUAUGCUCACUCCAUAGAUGCUGAGAAUGAAAACUUUGAGAGCUUUAAGAACACUCACAGUCCUUUCCCCGAAAUACCAAAACGUUUCCCUUAGAUUCUACGCUGCCCAACCUCAAAAGGACGACCCCACUCACAACACCAACUUUUCCGACACUGAAAAUGGCGCAGACUCAGUUUUCGACAGUAGUCAUUUUACAGUACCGAGCUUGGGUUCAGAUGCUAAGGCUCAACCCACAUGGGACAAAAAAUACAGGGCGAGAGCCGACCAAGUGAUAUUUGGGGAAGAACCCCACAAAAAAGGGAAGCUGAAAAUUGAGGAGGAGGAGGAAGAGAAAAGACGAAGAGUGCUUGCCAAAGCCCUGCUCGAGGCGGCUUUGGAGAAGGCAGAUGAGGAUGAUGACCAGGAUUUGAUAGUGAAAGAGGAGGAUCAGAAGUCCUUGUCGGUUGGGAUAGUUGGUGCCCCUAAUGCUGGCAAAUCUUCUCUCACUAAUUACAUGGUUGGAACAAAGGUUGCAGCUGUUUCCCGCAAGACACACACCACCACUCAUGAGGUGUUGGGAGUUCUAACUAAAGGAGAUACCCAAAUUUGCUUCUUUGAUACCCCAGGGCUUACGCUAACGAACAACGGACAAUUACACAAAGAUUUAAAGGUCCGUGUAGAAAGUGCUUGGAGCUCAAUUCAAUUAUAUGAUGUAGUCAUCGUUAUCUUUGAUGUUCAACGACAUCUAACCAGGCCUGAUGGAAGAGUCAUAGGACUCAUUAAACAUAUGGGAGCAAAAUCACAUCCAACACAAAAGCGGGUUUUAUGUAUGAAUAAGGUUGACUUAGUGGAGAAAAAGAAAGACUUGUUGAAAGUUGCUGAGCAAUUCAAGGAUCUACCGGGUUUUGAGAGGCAUUUCAUGAUAUCAGGUCUCAAAGGUUCAGGAGUUAAAGAUCUUAGUCAAUAUUUGAUGGAACAGGCAUUAAAAAGGCCUUGGGAUGAAGAUCCAUUCGUAAUGAGUGAGGAAGUUAUGAAGAACAUUUCAUUGGAAGUAGUUCGCGAGAGAUUAUUGGAUCACAUACAUCAGGAAAUUCCUUAUGGUAUUGAACAUCGUUUAAUGGACUGGAAGGAGUUGCGAAAUGGCUCUCUUAGGAUUGAACAGCAUUUAAUCACAAACAAGUUAAGCCAGCGCAAAAUUCUUGUGGGAAAGAAUGGCUCUAAAAUAGGGAGAAUUGGCAUUGAAGCUAAUGAAGAGUUAAGAUCCAUCUUCAAAAGGGAAGUGCACCUCAUUCUCCAGGUUAGACUUAAAUGAAGAGUUUCAUAUAAUGACGAAAUGUCAUAUUGUAUGGAAGUGUAUAUACAAAGGCGUCUCAUGUGUACCUAUACUGUCCACUUUUCUCAAUGAUUGGUCAACUAUUCAAAAUUCAACUUUGAGAAAUACCAUCAUAACUGAGCUUUGUGGAGACAUAAAUAUAGAAUUAUGAGUUGGGCAACUCAACUUCAUGGGAAGAUGGCUGCGUUCUUUCGCCAUUUCAAAAUUUUGAUAAUCAUGUCGUUUCAUGCGAUUUUGUGUUUCCUACCAAAAUUUGAAUGUGUACUUUUUUUUUUGUUGAAUUCUUUUUAAAUUUUAAUUAAUUCUUCUAUUUAUGAUUUGCUCAUUCGAUAAUUGUAAACAUUAGCUGAAAAAUGAUGUCUGUCUGUUCCGAUGAUUUAAUAAUUGCUUUUGGGGCAUUUACGUAGUAGGAUAGUUAUGUUGUAUUUUAGAAACAGAACAGAUAUGCUUAUCCUUAGCAACUUCUAUCUUUAAUGGGCGCAUCGCCGGAGAUAGGCAUCUUUGACGUCAUUGACAAUGAAACCAUGGGUUGAUGUUCAGCUUUGAAAA